UCUUCGACCGAUCCACGAGUUAGGAAACUCCCGAUUUAGUAGGUCACGCACGAUUGUCGCAUAGUGGGCAGGAGCUCCAUCUUGUUGGAAGUAGAAUACCUCAUUACCCUGCUGGAUUUUGAUUUGUGGUAUAACGUCAGUCAGCAUGUUCCUGUAUGCAUGUUGGUCUACAGUGUUAUGAAAAAUGACAGGUCCAAUGACACCUUAACAUGAAAUGCUAGCCCAAACUGUUACUCCAGGUUGAUUUAGCUGUUCUUCGAAUGUCAAGUGUGGAUUAUCAAAACAGUAAUAGACACAGUUGUGUCUAUUGACUGCACCUGAAAGCUUAAAAUGAGCCUCAUCGCUCCAAACAAUUUUUUGAAUAAUUCCCGCACCUUGAAGUUCCUCGUUUAACAUUAUCUCGCAAAACUGCAGUCGACGAUCAGGGUCGUCCUCUAUUAGCCCAUGAAUAAGUCUUGGAAUGUACAUUUUCAAACCUAACCGUUUCAUUAGGCGUCCUAAAGAUCUGCGUUCAAUGCCUAGUUCAAUUGAUGCCCUUUUUCUUGACUUUUUUGGGCUUUGAACAUAGGUCUGCGCGACAAUCAUUUCGUUUUCAGGAGUAGUGACAGUGACUGGUCGUCCAGCCUUUGGACCAUUGCAGAUAGAUCCUGUAAGGUUAAACUUAUCUCUUAAGCAGGGUCCACACUAUGCCGGGGUAGGCCGGGCGGGCUGACCCGGGUGGGCUAAAGGGCGCUCCUACACUGGAGCCGGUCCGCUCAGUCAGGUACGACCAACCCGGUUCCGAUCAGACAGAUCAGAUUUGACCCUCCUACACUGCAGCCGGUAUUUCAACCCGACAGAGGCAGAGAGAUGAGAAACUCAGUACUCUGUCAGCUCUCAAGAAGUGCGGAUCGUGGCUUUAACACUUUGAAGUUUGUUUAAGUUUUGUUGUUGAUUAUUGUUUGAAUUUUACAAUGGACGAGGAUUUAGCGGAUUUUUUGUUGUUAGACAGGAAUUUAUUAUUAAAUUCAAACACGAGACAGUUUUGGGUACAUGAGUUUAAUGAAGAUCACACCCAAAGUGAGUUUUAUGUGACCUGUUUACCCUUACGUGAUCAUGCUGACAAAUUCAAGAAAUACUAUCGAAUGACUGUUGAAACAUAUGACUACAUACUGUCCCACAUCAAGGGAGAUUUACAGAAAUGGUCCAACUUUAGAACUUGUAUAGAACCUGCCGAAAAGCUAUCGAUUCUCUUGAGGUAUCUAUCAACAGGCAUGUCCUUUGAAGCAUUGAGCGAAACAUUUCGCAUGAGCAACUACACCGUCGGAAAAAUAGUCGAGGAAGUUUGUGAUUGCAUGUGGGAACAGCUUGCCCCAGUCCACUUACCAGUGCCUAAUAAACAAAGAUUUCUUGAAAUUGCAGCAGAAUUUAAGGAGAAAUGGAACUUUCCCAACUGUGUAGGUUGUAUAGACGGAAAACACGUGAGAAUAAAAUCUCCUGGGAAAAGCGGUACAAUGUUUUUGAACUAUAAGAAAUUUUUUUCAGUUAACCUUCAUGCAGUAGCCGACGCCAAGUGUAAAUUCAUAUUCAUAGAUGUUGGAGCGUACGGAAAGCAAAGCGACGGGGGAGUUUUCGAAGCAUCACCAAUAUCCAAGUUUUUUGAAAAUUUCUCAGAACAUUUGCCUGCUCCCUCACCGAUAGAUACCAGCAGUGAAACACUCAUUCCAUAUGUUCUGGUAGGCGACGAUGCCUAUCCAUUAAAAUCAUACAUAAUGAAGCCAUUCGGCCAACGAAAUUUGAGUGAAGAAGAGCGCAUAUUUAAUUAUCGAUUGUCAAGGUGCAGACGUUGUGUCGAGUGUGCAUUUGGCAUUUUAACUUCAAAAUGGAAAUUGCUCAGCAAACCCAUCGAAACAGAAGUAGGAAAGGCUGAGAAAAUCAUCAAAUGUAUGUGUCUUCUACAAAACAUCAUUAUUGACAGAGAUAAUAUUACCGUCAAUCCAGGAGUUCUAGAAAAAGGUCUACAGGAAUACGUACAACAUCACCAAAGGCCUAAUCUAGGUACUACUCGACGGUAUAAUAGAGCAACUACCGCUGCGAAGGAUGUCAGAAAUUUUUACAAAGAGUACUUCAAUGGCCUAGGAAGUGUUCCGUGGCAAGAUGAGAUGGUCUUCAAUGUUAACAAGUAAACAUUAGUAGGCUUACUGAAAAAAAAGUUUAAAAAAUAAUUAUGUUUGACAAACAUUUGCUUCCAAGAACU